GAAGCUCCAAAAGAAGAUGACGUUACAUCAGCUGCUGAGGGAAGACUUCAAUUUGAUGAUGACAAUUUAAGAGGUAAGAAAACAACAUGCUGCUUAGUGCUUUCUAUGUCGACGAUUGAGAGAUGAGACGGUACAAACAGUCAGGCCUCGUCCAAACGAAUCCAAACAUUUAAAAAAAUCUCACAAUUUUUCACCCAUGGCUUCACGUUGACGGGGCCUUGGACCACUCCAAGACCGGUUUCAAAAAGAUGCGGUUUCGGUGAGCGGAAUUACUGCACUUGUCAACGUUUAGUGUGCAUGGACGGAAAAAACCUCAAUUAAAUUUAAUAUGUACGCCGUUACCACAACCGUUGUCUUAGGUAUUCUUAUCAAUGAAACCCCGACGGCAAAACAUUACGCUGUCGUGUUAAACGAAAUUAAAAUUUUGUGAACUAAAAUUGUGUAUGUUGCUGCAGCAGUUGUAAAUUUUAAAGAAAGGGCUAUUUGGAAAUUUUGAACACAGAAAAGCCACAAUUUCCCAUUUUUGUUAAGACGAAAGUUUGAGACACCUAGAAUUAAUUAAUUUUCUUCGUUGUAGCAAUUGCAGAGGUUUAUAAGAAUGAGGGUAACAAUGAAUACAACAGGAAGAAUUUUAACAGCGCCAUUCACUUCUACUCGGAAGGAAUUAAAGCGAACUGCAAAGAUGAAGAACUUAACGCCAAACUGUACAGUAACAGAGCCGCAGCACAUUUUGAUUUGGGUAAGAAGUUGUUUUAUAUUAGCUUUUAUUAUAUGGCUCAGCUGUUCUCGCCCUGCGAUUGGUCAAUUUGCGGUCCAUAACCUACCGUGCGGACCACAUUUUCAAAAGCCAAUGCUCAUUUGCAGCUGUAGAUCUAUGUAACUCGAAAAAUUUGUUUUAAAGAAAGUUAUCAUAUGUCUGUAAAAGUCGAGGACCUGGAAGUUUACUUCGUCCGUCCUAAUUUUAACCUUAAUUGUUUAUUUCAACUGAGAGCGAAGCUAAAGUAAAGAUACUGAAUAGUAAUUUUAACGAAGGAGAGGAUUCUGCUCAGUAAUCGAACGUUUAUCUCAGUCACAGUUAAACAUCUUAUAAACCUCAUUUUCUCGGUCCCUACUGUAAAUUACGAUUUAUUUUUUGAAAAGUUGCUUUCAGGCCCCCUCUCCUUUUCUGUUCCCGCCGUUUUUCGCUCGUUCCCUAGUUCACUGCUCGUGGGCUUUUCUACUCGUUCGCACUGACCGAAAGCCUUUCAAAGACUAUAUAAAUCGAUAGAAAGAAAAACUUGGUCCGAAAUUUACAGCUCAGACCGUACCUCAAUCUCGGCUAAUAAGAGGUAUUUUCCUUUUAUUUACCUUUUGUCUACUGAAGUGGCGCUAGCAGUGUUGGCUAUUUAUGUCCUCUUCCCUUGUUCUGUUAAAGCUAUCUGGGCUGUUACAUAGUGUGUUCUGCGAUCUAUUUUAAUAGGUAAUUACCCUGAAACAGUAAAUGAUGCAAAAGUUGCCACUGAAUUACAACCAUCUUUUUUGAAAGCUUCUGUGAGAGGUAAGAGUUAAAGUUUUGUGUACUGAUACUUAACGAGAAAACGAAUGAUGCUAACCUUCAACCAAUGUGAAUUUGGAACAUGAGGCAUUUACGCGCUGUGAGCUACAAAUCUAAAAAAUAAUGAAUAACUGAGUAUAAACGAAUUUAUGUGAAGAUAUGAUCGUCGUAGUGGUAUUUGCAAUUUAAGCAAUUGCAAAGUGACCAGAAAAAAAUUUUCGGGACUCCAACGGGAUUCGAACCCAUGGCCUCUGAGCUCGCGCUGUAGUACUCUAACCAACUGAAAUAUGAAGACCCAUACAUUGGGAGCACUCAGGCCAAUUUGUCGAUUUCAUCUUAACCCGUGAAAUUGGCCUCAGCGCUCCCAAUGUAUGGGUCUUCAAAUUUCAGUUGAUUAGAGCACUACAGGGCGAACGCAGAGGCUAUGGCCUUGAAUACCGUUGAAGUCCCUAAUUUUUUUCGGGUUACUUUGCAAUUGCUUUACUUUAGUACCACUGCGCCGAUCAUAUUUUCACAUACAUUUGUAUUUCCACAGUUCACAUCAUCAAUUAUUCUGAGUAUAAAACGAGUUGCUCCUGAAACAAUGAGGCGUAGAAUUUCAAAGCAAUUUAAGCAUUAUUACUCUCUGGUGAUUUUUCCUAGGCACAAUGAGAAAACUUGAAAAUGUUAGCCAAUUCUAUGUUCAUUUCUACCAUCACUUAAUCAAGCCCUGUUAAUAUUCUAACUCAGAGAUCUUUUAUUACUUUUCUCGCCCCGUGUAAGGGAAUCCGGAUUCUGGAAUCCGGAAAAUUUUUGCUUGUGGAACUCGGGAUCCGGGAUAUAUUUGUACCUGUGGAAUCCGGAAUCCUGGGCUUUAAAAUCAGGAAUACAGCCCAAGGAAUCAGGAAUCCAACUAAUGAUUGGAAUCCAGAAUCCAAGCUCCACUAACAAAGACUACAAUCCAGUAUCUGGAAUGAGGAAUCCACAGCGAGGAACUCAGAAUUCAAGACCGUCUUGGAUUCCUUUUCAUGGGGCGAGAUAAGGGCCGGCAAAAACUUUGAAAAGGAAUCCGAAACAAAUCUAUUAUUCAAAUCAGUUGGAUGACUUCAAUCUCCGAUUAUAGUUCUCGAUAAUUUUGUCCAUUGUAGCUGACGUCUGUGCUUUUUGCCUUUACAGGGGCAAGUGCCUGCAUUCAGUUGAAAAAGUUUAACGAAGCCAAUGAGUGGUGUGAUAAGGGAUUAGCGGUAUCCUUUACAAGAAUAAACAUUUUAAAGUACAUCUCCUUAAAAAUUCUAACUUUCAACUUUGAAAAAUGUAUUUUUGUGUAGGUGUGAGCAGGAGAGCUAGUAGAUCUAAACUCAUAACUCGUCUGUACCGUUCCAAAGUGACUCUCUCAUUGGCUGGUUAGCGAAAACAAUAGAAGAUUUCACAGAAAAUAAUCUAACAUAUGCGAGCGUACCGAGUGUACCCACUGAAUCAGAAGCACCGACUGCUUUUGAGCGCAUCGGCUUUACCGAAAAGUGUACCGACUGUACCGGCUGUACAGAUUAUUCUGAGUGUGUACCGGCUAUGCGGCGUGUUUUGAAUAAAUAGUUUUUUCUCUGGUUCCGUUCCCUCCUGUUUCCUGAACUUUUUAAAUUAAUUUUUUUUCAGUUUACGUCUUUUUAUCUCUAAAAUUAAAACUCUUUAGGGUUUUUUGUUUUUUUCAAAUUAGUUCUUUUUUUUUUUGACCUUGGUGGGACUUUCUUUUUUUUUCUUUUUUUUUUUUUUUUUUUUCUGGUCGAAGUAGUGGAACGGCGCCAUCGUACAAAUGGGGCGCAGGCCUAUUACUCGCUCAUCAUCUUUCGUGAAGUAAGAAUGUCUCGUUAACCUGUCGAUAUCAGUCGUUAUAAUUCACUGAUUAAUUUUCGCCCGAUUUUAUUGGCUAUUUUGGGUAUGGGGGUACCAAAUCGGAGGGCGGGUAUCAGGCAAUACACCCCGUCCGUGUCGAUAUUUGCCCUACGAUUUUUCAGUAGCAAGAAAGUAUGACACAAAGUCAACAAAGUGAGUCUCUUCAGUUUUAAUCUUCUUUAAUAAUUUAAAAUAAAAGCAGUGAAAACAAACUUGUUUUGUGUAAUCCAGUUGCACUAAAAUUUUUAGCUGUUCGCAACCGACGAAGAUGAGAAGAGUUAUGAGAUGAGAAGUUAUCCGAGCUUAUUUCUAUUUGAUGUGAAAGAGUUCCGAGCUGUGCAUUUCUUUUUAACAAUAUCUGCGCUGUAUUUGCUGCAAACAUCACGAUAACAUAAUGACAUCAAAUUUAUAGAAUCCCGGCAUGAAGAGUGGUCCAAUUACUGCUCCAAAAGAAGAUGACGUGACACCAGCUGCUGAAAAAACAUUUCAGUUUGAUGAAGCUCCAAAAGAAGAUGACGUUACAUCAGCUGCUGAGGGAAGACUUCAAUUUGAUGAUGACAAUUUAAGAGGUAAGAAAACAACAUGCUGCUUAGUGCUUUCUAUGUCGACGAUUGAGAGAUGAGACGGUACAAACAGUCAGGCCUCGUCCAAACGAAUCCAAACAUUUAAAAAAAUCUCACAAUUUUUCACCCAUGGCUUCACGUUGACGGGGCCUUGGACCACUCCAAGACCGGUUUCAAAAAGAUGCGGUUUCGGUGAGCGGAAUUACUGCACUUGUCAACGUUUAGUGUGCAUGGACGGAAAAAACCUCAAUUAAAUUUAAUAUGUACGCCGUUACCACAACCGUUGUCUUAGGUAUUCUUAUCAAUGAAACCCCGACGGCAAAACAUUACGCUGUCGUGUUAAACGAAAUUAAAAUUUUGUGAACUAAAAUUGUGUAUGUUGCUGCAGCAGUUGUAAAUUUUAAAGAAAGGGCUAUUUGGAAAUUUUGAACACAGAAAAGCCACAAUUUCCCAUUUUUGUUAAGACGAAAGUUUGAGACACCUAGAAUUAAUUAAUUUUCUUCGUUGUAGCAAUUGCAGAGGUUUAUAAGAAUGAGGGUAACAAUGAAUACAACAGGAAGAAUUUUAACAGCGCCAUUCACUUCUACUCGGAAGGAAUUAAAGCGAACUGCAAAGAUGAAGAACUUAACGCCAAACUGUACAGUAACAGAGCCGCAGCACAUUUUGAUUUGGGUAAGAAGUUGUUUUAUAUUAGCUUUUAUUAUAUGGCUCAGCUGUUCUCGCCCUGCGAUUGGUCAAUUUGCGGUCCAUAACCUACCGUGCGGACCACAUUUUCAAAAGCCAAUGCUCAUUUGCAGCUGUAGAUCUAUGUAACUCGAAAAAUUUGUUUUAAAGAAAGUUAUCAUAUGUCUGUAAAAGUCGAGGACCUGGAAGUUUACUUCGUCCGUCCUAAUUUUAACCUUAAUUGUUUAUUUCAACUGAGAGCGAAGCUAAAGUAAAGAUACUGAAUAGUAAUUUUAACGAAGGAGAGGAUUCUGCUCAGUAAUCGAACGUUUAUCUCAGUCACAGUUAAACAUCUUAUAAACCUCAUUUUCUCGGUCCCUACUGUAAAUUACGAUUUAUUUUUUGAAAAGUUGCUUUCAGGCCCCCUCUCCUUUUCUGUUCCCGCCGUUUUUCGCUCGUUCCCUAGUUCACUGCUCGUGGGCUUUUCUACUCGUUCGCACUGACCGAAAGCCUUUCAAAGACUAUAUAAAUCGAUAGAAAGAAAAACUUGGUCCGAAAUUUACAGCUCAGACCGUACCUCAAUCUCGGCUAAUAAGAGGUAUUUUCCUUUUAUUUACCUUUUGUCUACUGAAGUGGCGCUAGCAGUGUUGGCUAUUUAUGUCCUCUUCCCUUGUUCUGUUAAAGCUAUCUGGGCUGUUACAUAGUGUGUUCUGCGAUCUAUUUUAAUAGGUAAUUACCCUGAAACAGUAAAUGAUGCAAAAGUUGCCACUGAAUUACAACCAUCUUUUUUGAAAGCUUCUGUGAGAGGUAAGAGUUAAAGUUUUGUGUACUGAUACUUAACGAGAAAACGAAUGAUGCUAACCUUCAACCAAUGUGAAUUUGGAACAUGAGGCAUUUACGCGCUGUGAGCUACAAAUCUAAAAAAUAAUGAAUAACUGAGUAUAAACGAAUUUAUGUGAAGAUAUGAUCGUCGUAGUGGUAUUUGCAAUUUAAGCAAUUGCAAAGUGACCAGAAAAAAAUUUUCGGGACUCCAACGGGAUUCGAACCCAUGGCCUCUGAGCUCGCGCUGUAGUACUCUAACCAACUGAAAUAUGAAGACCCAUACAUUGGGAGCACUCAGGCCAAUUUGUCGAUUUCAUCUUAACCCGUGAAAUUGGCCUCAGCGCUCCCAAUGUAUGGGUCUUCAAAUUUCAGUUGAUUAGAGCACUACAGGGCGAACGCAGAGGCUAUGGCCUUGAAUACCGUUGAAGUCCCUAAUUUUUUUCGGGUUACUUUGCAAUUGCUUUACUUUAGUACCACUGCGCCGAUCAUAUUUUCACAUACAUUUGUAUUUCCACAGUUCACAUCAUCAAUUAUUCUGAGUAUAAAACGAGUUGCUCCUGAAACAAUGAGGCGUAGAAUUUCAAAGCAAUUUAAGCAUUAUUACUCUCUGGUGAUUUUUCCUAGGCACAAUGAGAAAACUUGAAAAUGUUAGCCAAUUCUAUGUUCAUUUCUACCAUCACUUAAUCAAGCCCUGUUAAUAUUCUAACUCAGAGAUCUUUUAUUACUUUUCUCGCCCCGUGUAAGGGAAGCCGGAUUCUGGAAUCCGGAAAAUUUUUGCUUGUGGAACUCGGGAUCCGGGAUAUAUUUGUACCUGUGGAAUCCGGAAUCCUGGGCUUUAAAAUCAGGAAUACAGCCCAAGGAAUCAGGAAUCCAACUAAUGAUUGGAAUCCAGAAUCCAAGCUCCACUAACAAAGACUACAAUCCAGUAUCUGGAAUGAGGAAUCCACAGCGAGGAACUCAGAAUUCAAGACCGUCUUGGAUUCCUUUUCAUGGGGCGAGAUAAGGGCCGGCAAAAACUUUGAAAAGGAAUCCGAAACAAAUCUAUUAUUCAAAUCAGUUGGAUGACUUCAAUCUCCGAUUAUAGUUCUCGAUAAUUUUGUCCAUUGUAGCUGACGUCUGUGCUUUUUGCCUUUACAGGGGCAAGUGCCUGCAUUCAGUUGAAAAAGUUUAACGAAGCCAAUGAGUGGUGUGAUAAGGGAUUAGCGGUAUCCUUUACAAGA